AUGGCUGCCGCGGCACAGGCCCUGACAGUUCUUCCGCUGGACGGGCUCUGCGAAACUUGCAAGCCCGUGGCGGGCUUCGCCACCAGUGCCCGGCUGGCCGAUUGCAAUGGGUUCGAGACUGAUUGCAUCAGAAGGCUCAACUCCACGUCUGCGGAUGACAUCGUGCCCGUUGAUGAAAUCAUGGCCCUCGCGCAGGAAGUCGGCCGAGAGCGCCUACACGACGCGGCGCUCCGCGGCCAGAAGUGGAUGGACCGAUUCGCCAAAGCUCAUUGCGACACCUGGGAGGCGACGGCCUUCGGAGGCUUGCGGGAGCGCUUGAAGGAACUCAAGGCUUCUGGGCAGGUGCUGCUGGUUCACUCUGACCAACUGGAGGACGGCAUAGGUGCUCGCUUCAAGAAGGCGCUGGAGCUGGUGGCGGCUGCGCUGUUGCUGGGUUUCGAUGGGGCGGCCUUGGCGAUGCCAGCGGCCGGCGGCCUGCUGCACCCAAGCUCUUCUUGGCAGCACGGCCCCGUGUGGUGCCACGAGAGCCCCGCAGAUGGACCCGAGCGCCAGGACCCUUUCGCACCUCAGUAUCCUCUGCGAUGUUGGCGCUUCGACUUCCAGAGGGACUUUCUAGCCCAGACUGAGGAGCCAGAAGGCCGCAUUCUGCUGUGGGGAUCCGAGGGAAGCCCAGAGUUGUCCGGCUCAUCAUCCAGCCCCAGAUUUGCUUGCCUGCACCUCACAGGCGAGCUGGAGGGACCUCCUUGGCAAUUUCUGCAGAAGAUGCAGAAGGAGGUGCCGAGUGUGAAGCAGGACCUGCAGCGGCUGUUUCGCUCUGCCCGAAAUUUCGCGGCGGUGGGCCAGGUGAUCCCGACGCGCCGAGAGGCCAGCUGUGGCUAUGGCAACUCCUACAGGCACGUUUCGAUGCAUGUUCGUCGUGGCGAUGUGGGCGAUGCCUCUGGCUAUGCGCUGACGCAGCAACUGGGCGCCGCUGGCUUUACAAGGUGGCUUUGCGCGCUGGCAAAUGCAAUCACCGUGCCAGGUGAGAAGCUUGGGCUCCAUGUCUUCACCGAAGCCGGGCGAAGCCGGGGCAGCUUGCGGCGCGCAGGUCUGCCGGGCUUCGUGCUGGAUCCAACAGAGGAAGAUGAUUUGACAAUGUUCCACACCUUGGCGCGCCUGGAGGCACUUUGGCAUGUGCUGCAUGUUGCGCCGAGCUGCGAGCGGGUCAUGCCAGAGGUCCACAUCAUCGUGAACAACAAUCCCCGGGAGGCGCUGCUUUGCAUGGCCCGGGCUGCUGCCCUGGUGAAGCAAGUGGGUGUCUGGGGCUCCCUGACGGGCAGAUGGAGCGGUCAGCAAAGCUGGGCCUUCCCCCGGCCGACAGAGGCCGAGUGCAUUUGGCAUGUGGCGUGGGUGUGCGGUGUGCCAUUGAGGCCUUCCAAGCCAUUCUUGACGCUUGAGCCGGAGCAGUGCGAGCCGGAAAAGCGAGAGGUCCGCAGCGCCGACAAGAUGGAUGGCUCCACUGCCGCAGGGGACGACUCCGUGGCCAGUGAGAGGUCCUCAGAGACCGGGUCGGAGUUGAAGGAGCUCCACUUGCGGAAGACCCUGUCCAGCUCCGCCAAGGGUGCUCUGGGCGUCAAGCGCGAGACCUCCCCCCAGAGGUCCGCGUCCAUGGCAUCCUCCCCCCGCAUCCCGAGCCUUACUGCAGCGCUGGGCCAUGCGGCCUCCCGCACCUUGCUGCGCCAGGCCUCCGGGCCUUUGACCAGCCCCCUGUACGCCUACCGCGCGGAGUCACCGGUGGCCCGGGCACCACCAGCCUCGCCGCCUGUGCCGCGGAUGGCUCCGCCCUCCCCGCCUGUGCCACGGAUGUGGUACCCCACCAUGAUGACCCAACAGGUGCAACCGGUGCAGCAUUUGCUGCAGCCAGCUCAGAUGGUCCAACCGCCACAGCAGCGGCCACUGCCACAGCCCUUGCACCUCCAGCUGUGCAGUAUCGCGUUGUUCACAAAGCUGCAGGCUCAGAGCAAGGUCGUCCCUCCGAUCGUCAAGCAGGAUACCAGCGAAGCAGCCCUGGAUCAAGCCGCGGCCCAAGUAGUCUGGUAG